AUGCCUCCAGCUAACCUAGAGUCUAUGCUCGAGGCGAUGGUGGAGUCCACGCCUGACCGGCGGGUCCGAUUCCUACACACCACCAGAUAUCUGGAUGAAGCCAGCUUCCUCUCCCUCCGUCUCGUCUCAUGGAAGAUGCACGACCUCGGGCAGCCCAUAACCGAGACCAUCUUCGCGCGCUAUCUCGAGACCGUGCAAACCAACCUCUCCUACGACAGCAUCCUGCGCAUCCACUGCGAUCUCGCGCGACCUCGAGGCAACCCACUCGCCUCGCUCGUCAAACGCCUGGUGAUCCGGUACCCCUUCGAGGGCCGCAACUCCGCAUUCAACCGCAUGGCGCGGUCCAACGAGAUCGAAGACCCGCUGGCGAUGGUAGAGAUCCGGGCGCUGCGCAGCGACCUCGCCACCGCGUUCACGAACUGUCGGGACUUCGAGCUCCACCUGGACGAGCCGGCCUCCCGCCCCGUCGACUACAUCCACUCCGCCGACGUCGCGCGCGUCAUGUUCAUCAUCUUCAACGACGCCGCCAUCCCGCUCUCCCGCGUCAAGAUUCGCAGCUCCCUGCGCCCCGACCGCGCCCUCGAGCAGCCCACCACCUCCACCCACCAGCUCCUGCAGCUCCCCAACUUCACCGUCCCCCCGCUCUACCCGGAGGUCCUGGCUCACUUGCGUGUGCUCCAUGUGCACGACGACUACUUCCGCGAGUUCCGCGGCACUUCGAUUGUCUGGGAACUGCUCGAGGGAACCCCCAUGCUGGAGGAGCUGCGCAUCACGGGGCCCGGGUGCAAGGCCAUCCGCCGCCGCGACCCCCCCGCCCACCAACACACGGGCAAUAUCCUCGAGGUCAUCACGACCGCACGGCUGGCCUCGUCGCGCAUCCGGGUGUUUUCCGUCCGUAAAAUGCAGUCCACCGCCGAGCUCCUCCGCCAAUGCGUCCUGAAAAUGGCCGCCAGGGGCCUGGAGAGGUUGGACUUGCGCGAGGUGGUGCUGCUGGAUAUCUCUACGAGGACGUGGUCCCGAUCGUCAUCCUCGUCGUUGUUGUCGUCGGUAUCUCCGUUGCUGUCGGCGUCUCCGCCAUUGUCGGUGUUAUCUUCGUCGUCAUCGUCGCCGUCGCCGUGGGAGGAGGUCUUUCAGAGUAUCUGGACUAUGUGUCUCUAUUUGGAACGCAUUAAUUUCAAAGCGCUCGGUGUCCGCGAUGAAAGGGACGACCAGGAUGUAUACAAGGGAUUUGAACCUAAAAGUUCAUGUUGUGCUCGGCGGUGA